AUGAUCCCCCGACCUCGCCUCCGCCCGCUGUCCGCCCUCAGCCGAGGCUGGCAGCGGCAGCAGCAGCAGCAGCAGCAGCAGUGGCCCGCCCGCCCAUCCUCAUCCUCAUCAGCCUCGCCCGCCCGCCCCAACACCACAGACCAACAAGACCUCCCAGCCCCUCCCCCGCAGCGGUGGCUGUCCGACCUCCACGCCCGGCUCGGGAAGUGCAUCAUGUUCGGGUGCACGCCGGCACAGGUCACAGAGGCGGGCGCGGUCCUGCGGGCGCUGGCGGGCGAGUGGAGGGCGCUGAGCGCCGGCGCCGAGGGCUUCCUGACGGGCGGCGGCGGCGGGCUGCGCGGGCUCGAGGGCCAGCAGGUCGUGUGGGGCGAGCAGGACAGCUUCCGCCACGUCAACAACGUGCAGUACGUGCGCUGGGCCGAGUCGAGCCGCGUCAACUGGGCCACGCACCUCGCCCGCGCCCAGCGCGACCCGGAGCGCGCGCGGCGCUGGGCGCAGCUCAUGACCCCCGACGCCGUGGGCCUGAUCCUCAAGAGCAUCAGGGUCGACUACAAGAUGCCCCUGACCUACCCGGACCGCGUGUCCGUCUACCACCGCCUGCGCUUCCCGCCCUCCUCCCCGGAGCAGCAGCGCCGGCCGUCGUCGCUGGUCCUCGACGCCGCCGUCUUCUCGCACCGCCACCGCCGCGUCUGCGCCCGCGUCGAGGAGGACGUGGUCAUCUACGACUACCGCGCCGCCCGGAAGACCGACAUGCCGCCGUUCAUGCGGGACGUCCUGGAGGAGACGUUCGCGGCGCAGCUGCGGGAGACGGCCCGGGCCAGGCGGCGCGUCUGGGAGCUGGUGCGCGCCGUGGAGGCCCUCGAGGGGGGGACCUGGGACCGGCCUGAUGCUGUUGAGGAUCUCGGUGGUGCCGCGGGGGUGGGCACCAAGUAA